GGCUCGGCGGGGCGCGCGCUGCUCUCCUGCGUGAGGUCUCCCCGCCCCGGGCCGGGUCCGCGUCGCGAUGGCAGAGCUGGGCAGCAAGGGGGUGACGGCGGGGAAGAUCGCCAGCAACGUGCAGAAGAAGCUCACCCGUGCGCAGGAGAAGGUCCUGCAGAAGCUGGGCAAGGCGGAUGAGACGAAGGAUGAGCAGUUUGAACAGUGUGUCCAGAACUUUAACAAGCAGCUGACUGAGGGUACCCGGCUGCAGAAGGACCUCCGUACUUACCUGGCCUCGGUCAAAGCCAUGCACGAGGCUUCCAAGAAGCUGAACGAGUGUCUGCAGGAGGUGUACGAGCCUGAGUGGCCUGGCAGGGACGAGGCGAGCAAGAUCGCGGAGAACAAUGACCUCCUCUGGUUGGAUUACCACCAGAAGCUGGUGGACCAGGCGCUCCUGACCAUGGACACUUACCUGGGCCAGUUCCCUGACAUCAAGUCACGCAUUGCUAAGCGAGGGCGGAAGCUGGUGGACUAUGACAGCGCCCGGCACCACUAUGAGUCCCUUCAGACCGCCAAAAAGAAGGAUGAAGCCAAAAUUGCCAAGCCUGUCUCGCUGCUUGAGAAAGCUGCCCCCCAGUGGUGCCAAGGCAAACUACAGGCUCAUCUCGUAGCUCAAACUAACCUGCUCCGAAAUCAGGCCGAGGAGGAGCUCAUCAAAGCCCAGAAGGUGUUCGAGGAGAUGAACGUGGACCUGCAAGAGGAGCUGCCAUCCCUGUGGAAUAGCCGCGUGGGUUUCUACGUCAACACGUUUCAGAGCAUUGCGGGCCUGGAGGAGAACUUCCACAAGGAGAUGACUAAGCUCAACCAGAACCUCAACGACGUGCUGGUCAGCCUGGAGAAGCAGCAUGGGAGCAGCACCUUCACCGUGAAGCCCCAGCCCAGUGAUAACGCCCCUGCCAAAGGGAAUAAGAGCCCUUCACCUCCACCGGAUGGCUCCCCUGCCGCCACCCCGGAGAUCAGAGUCAACCACGAGCCAGAGCAGGCUGGUGUGGCUGCGCCUGGGGCCACCCUCUCCAAGUCCCCAUCUCAGCUCCGGAGAGGCCCGCCAGUCCCUCCUCCUCCCAAACACACCCCGUGCAAGGAGAUGAAGCAGGAGCAGAUCCUCAGUCUGUUUGACGACACGUUUGUCCCCGAGAUCAGCGUGACCACCCCCUCCCAGUUUGAGGCCCUGGGGCCCUUCUCGGAGCAGGCCAGCCUGCUGGACCUGGACUUUGACUCCCACCCGCCUGUGGCAAGCCCUGGGAGAGCACCCACACCCUCUAGUCAGCCAAUCCCAUGGGACCUCUGGGAGCCCACAGAGAGCCCUGGGGGCGAGCUGCCUUCCGGGGAACCCAGCACAGGCAAGGAUGCUUUUGCUGUGUCCUGGCCCAGCCAGACAGCCGAGCCAAGGUCUGCUCAACCAGGAGAGGCCGUGGAGGGGACUGGUGGGACGGAACCUGCGUCGUCGGAAGCCCAGGAGUCCAAGGAGACAGCGACAAGUGAAGCCGCCUCCAGCUCCCUGCCGGCUGUGGUGGUGGAGACCUUCUCAGCCACUGUGAAUGGCGCCGUGGAGGGCAGCAGUGGGGUUGGGCGCUUGGACCUGCCUCCUGGAUUCAUGUUCAAGGUGCAGGCCCAGCAUGAUUACACAGCGACGGAUACAGAUGAGCUGCAGCUGAAGGCUGGCGACGUGGUCCUGGUGAUCCCCUUCCAGAACCCGGAUGAGCAGGAUGAAGGCUGGCUGAUGGGCAUCAAGGAGAGCGAUUGGAACCAGCACAAAGAGUUGGAGAAAUGCCAGGGCGUCUUCCCUGAGAACUUUACCGAGCGGGUCCAGUGAUCCAGCCCAUGUACUCUGGCCAGCGAAGAUCCACCUUUUCCCAAACAAAACAAUGUGUGUUUCUUGUUUUGUUUUUUUUCCCUUUGUUUUUGUUUUUAAACUUUGAAAAGCAGAGAGGGACUUGCGCGGAGAGUACAAAACUGAAGAGUGCUCACUCAAAGGUUAGGCUGCUUCCUGAGACUGAUGCAGCCGUCCCGUCCCGUGGAGCUCACCGGCGUCCCUGAAGCUGCUGUGCUGUGUAACUGAGCUCCCCGUGCUGCAGCCAGGACAUGGCCUGCAUGUGUGCCCAGCUGGCUGCUCGGCACGCAGGGCCAGGUUUGGGCAUCACGCUGGGCUGACCUGUGGGCUGUCCUGCUUGCCUGAAGCUUUGGCCGCACCCCUGGGCGCAGGCCCUCCUGUCCUGGCAGCUGGUGUGCAGAGGCCCAGUCUGCCCCAGGGGCCGUUGGGGCCUGAUACCAGCCCACCUGGCCUCGCCCUGCAAAUGUCUGUGUGCUGUUUUAAAUAAAUCUUAGUGUUCAAAAGAAAAUGAAGCAAACAGAAACAAACAACAACAACAAAGUGACAAAAACCAUUCA